GAAAUACUUCUCAAAAUCAAAGGAGAUGGUUAUUCGAUUCCGCUUUCCACUUCUUCUAUUAUGCUUUGUGAUUUUAUCGUGUGUUGGAAGCAAUGCAGCAAGGGAUUUGGAAGAAAAUUCGCUACUGCUUACUUUCACAAAACCUCUAAUUCUGAAAACCAUGGAAGAGACGAGGAGGAGAUGAUGAGUUUGGAAGACAAGUAUGCUACUGCUUACUUCCACAAAAGCACUGCUGCUAAAAACCAUGGCAAAGAGGAGAAGGUGAAGAGUUUGGAAGACAAGUAUGCCACUGCUUACUUCCACAAAAACUCUGCUGCUAAAAACCUCGACAGGGAUAACAAGAUGAUGAAGAGUUUGGAAGACAAGUAUGCUACCGCUUACUUCCACAAAACCUCUAAUUCUGAGAACGUUGACAGAGACGAGGUAAUGAAGCGUUUGAAUAAUAAGUAUGCAGCGGCUUACUUUCACAAAACCUCUGCUUCAAAACACCCUGAAAACAAUGACCAAGUGAAGAGUUUGACACAAAAAUAUGCAACUGCUUAUUUUCACAAAUCUUCCAAAAUGGUGAAUGAUCACAACAUGGAACAUCAGUACCAUGGUCAUGAUCAAAGUGCUGAGAUUGGCUUGUUCACCCUCGAUGAAUUACGUGCCUUCACAGUAGGCAAAAAAUUACCCAUCUUUUUUCCCAUAAAAAACCACUCCCUUUACCCUCCUUUCUUACCUAAAUCACUAGUUGAAACCAUCCCUUUUUCAUCUUCACAAGUUUCCGACAUUCUGCAAUUCUUCUCAGUUCCUCCAGACUCCCCAAAAGGCAAAGCCGUUCAAGAUACACUCCAAAAAUGCGGACUCGAAGCAGCUCAAGGAGAGACCAAAAUAUGUGCCACCUCUUUAGAAUCUUUACAUGGUUUUCUAAGCAAUGCGUUUGGACCCAAGGUUGAUUUCAUGUUCAUAAGCACAAGGCACCCCACAAUGACAACCCCAAUCUUCCAGAAUUACACAGUUUUGGAAACUCCUCGAGAGAUUGAGUCUCCAAAUAAAGCCUCUUUAGAAUCUUUACAUGGUUUUCUAAGCAAUGCGUUUGGACCCAAGGUUGAUUUCAUGUUCAUAAGCACAAGGCACCCCACAAUGACAACCCCAAUCUUCCAGAAUUACACAGUUUUGGAAACUCCUCGAGAGAUUGAGUCUCCAAAUAAAGUGGCAUGUCAUCCGAUUCCGUAUCUUUAUGCAGUUUAUUUCUGCCACUUUGAUGCCACUGAGACCAGAGUUUUCAAACUGAAACUAGCUGGUGAGAUUACUGGAGAUGAAGUUGAGGCUGUUGUUGUUUGCCAUAUGGACACUUCAGGUUGGAGCUCUGACCAUGAUGCUUUUCGCAUGCUCGGUGUUAAGCGAGGAGAUGCUGUUUGCCAUGUAUUUUCUCAAGGUAAUCUUGUUUGGAUUAAUCAGCCAUUAACCAUCAGUGUUAGUGCCAUGUAACUGUGUUAGGCUGUUACGACGGAGCUCUCAUUCGCUUCUGCUAAUCGGAACUCUAUCGCCAUUUCAGGUUGUUUCGUUCAUGGUAUGCUUGUUUCGUCUUUCUAUCUGUACCAAGUAACAAGUAAUUAAGCAAUAAAAUUAUGUUUUCGAUU